AAAUGCUUUAAAAAAAAAAAAAAAAAAAAAAAGUAAACACAUAAAAUACCCCUCUGGGUAGUUAUAAAUAGACCAGGAAAGCAAAACAUCCAUACAACUGAAGCACAGGCCUGUCAAUUAUUCAUCUAUUUCAAACCAAAUAUUUAGAUCACCCAAAAUAAGAAGAACAAAGAUAUGUAAACAAACUGCAAGUUUCAGGCACUUGUGAUCCAUAUCUGCUGGAGUAAUAUUUUAUAAUCAUUUCCUGUUUAAAUCCAGGAACCAUUUGUAAAUUAUUGUGAGGGCAAUAUUCUGUGCUUAUGUUUAUUUUAAUAGAGGAUUGCCAUUUCAUUAAGGCAAAUUCCUUUAUGAACUGAAUCUGUGAUCGUUCAUUCUGUUUUCAAAACCUCCCAGUGUUCUAUUGAUCAAAUAGGCCUACACAUAUGGCAGAGUAAGAGAGGCGAUGCUUUGCAUAUGAUGACUUUCACUCUUCCAGGUUAUCAGUCUGGCUUGGAACACCAUGGAAGAACAGAUGGAUCAGCCCGUCUUUGCAUUUAAAAAACUGGAAAAUGUGUUGUAGUCACUGAUAACUUAUCAACUUCUCAGUCUCUGAUGGCACUUUGUAAGGUUUUUAUCUUCAGACUUCUUCUAUUGACAGGUUUGCGUCUGGCAGGUGGCACAGUCUCUGACAGCUUUAAAGAAUGCAGUCAGUUCUUCUAUAUGCAUACAGCACCCACAGGUAUCCAAGGGGGGAAUCUGAAGAGGAUAUGCCAACGCUACGGAGAUAAACUACGUUAUGCCACACUGUACGACAGCAGUCGCCGACUGGCACUUUAUUCAGCGUACACCUUCAAAAAGUCAGAUGGACAGAGGAGGAUGGACACACCCUGGAUGUAUGAACCACAGCUGGUUUCUGCUGAUGAAAGCGGGAACAUGAGAGUCUUGCCCUCUAGUGGUGAAACCGACCAACUGCUUGAGGAGAGUCAGGCAGUGCUAGCAGACUAUGUUGAUGCAGUGGAGUACGAGCGAGGCCCACUUAACCCUGACCAGCACCAGGCGGACAACCAGGACAAAGCAGCUACCUAUACACUCACAAAUGUGGUACCUCAGAUCACAGACUUUUUGGAAGGCCCAUGGUCCACAUAUAUUGACAUGGUGCGCCGCCGCCUGAAUAACUUCUGCCGUGGGGCUGUCUAUGUGGUGACCGGGGUGACUGUAUCGGGGUUGACCAUCCGAAAAGGAAGAGAUGAACGUAUGGCUGUCCCAAAGCACUUGUGGUCAGCUUAUUGCUGCCCACGCUUUGAUCGAAACUCACCCUAUGAAGUACGGUACAUGUUUCCCACUUACGCAGCAUAUGCUUUGAAUGAGAUAGUGGGAUACAGUGUUACAGAAGUGCCUUUGAAGGCUUUAGAGACCUUUCUGAAAAAUCAGACUGACAUGGACAAAAGCGUGAGCAUCUUUUUCAAGGAUUGUGUCUCAGAAAAUAAACAUACCAAGAGGAAGUGAACGAAAGCGAGUUUGUGAACUUGUGUUUGUGUAUCUGUGCAUGACAUGUAGAUAAUGAAUGCAAGAACCAAUCAAGAUAAUUAUAUAAAUAAACUAAUAAAGAAAAAAUUAACUAUAAUGAAAAAAGUUGAGUGAAUAUGGCUUAAGUUCUAAUAAGAGUGCUGAACAAAGUCAGCCAAAGGUUUAAUAGUUGAAAAACCUAAGUGCUCUAACCGUGUGCUGUAAUAUUUUGGACUAUGAAAUAGUUAUAAAUUCAAUUCAAUUCAAUUCAAGAGUCAGCCAGUACAAAGACACUGAGAAGUGAAUA